GUGACGUCACUGCGCGGCGCCGCGCAGAAGGUCACACGCUGGGCUCGCAAGAUGGCGGCGGCGGCGGGGGUCGGUGGCUGCCGGAAAUGUCUCAUCAGUGGCAUGUGGCUUAUAUCCAGAAGAUACCCAGUUCCUGCAGUCCACAGGGGUACAGUGUAUAGAAUGAGCAGGCCUGUUUUGGAGAUUCAUCAGUCUAGAUGCUACUCUUCUGGAGGAAGAAAGGGUUUUAUAUCAGGUUUUGUGGAGAACAUCAAACAGGAAUUAGCAAAAAACAAGGAGAUGAAAGAAAGUAUUAAAAAAUUCCGAGAUGAAGCUAAAAAGCUAGAAGAAUCUGAUGCGCUUCGAGAAGCAAGGAGGAAAUAUAAAACCAUUGAAUCUGAAACAGUGAAGACCUCAGAAGUGAUUAAAAAGAAACUUGAAGAAAUAACUGGUACAGUUAAAGAGAGUUUGGAUGAAGUAAGUAAGAGUGAUAUUGGCCGAAAGAUAAAGGAAGGUGUGGAAGAAGCAGCAAAAACAGCAAAGCAGUCUGCAGAGUCAGUGACAAAAGGAGGGGAGAAAUUAGGCAAGACAGCAGCCUUCAAAGCUAUUUCUCAGGGAGUAGAAACCGUUAAGAAGGAAAUAGAUGAAAGUGUUUUGGGGCAGACUGGUCCUUACAAACGUCCGGAGCGACUACGAAAAAGAACAGAAUUCUCAGGCGAGAGGAUUAAAGAGGAGCGGAUAUUUGAAGCUAAUGAGGAGGCCAUGGGUGUGGUGCUGCAUAAAGACUCAAAAUGGUAUCAGCAGUGGAAGGAUUUCAAGGACAACAAUGUGGUCUUCAAUAGGUUCUUUGAAAUGAAAAUGAAGUAUGAUGAAAGUGAUAAUGCAUUCAUUCGAGCUUCCAGAGCUGUCACAGACAAAGUCACUGACUUAAUAGGUGGAUUGUUCUCGAAGACAGAAAUGUCUGAGGUUUUGACAGAGAUACUCAAAGUGGAUCCAUCCUUUGACAAAGAUCGUUUUUUAAAGCAAUGCGAGUAUGAUAUAAUCCCCAAUGUCUUGGAGGCUAUGAUGUCUGGAGAGCUUGAUAUCCUCAAAGAUUGGUGCUAUGAAGCGACUUACAGUCAGCUUGCUCAUCCAAUCCAGCAAGCCAAAGCCAUGGGUCUCCAGUUCCACUCCAGGAUUCUUGACAUUGACAACAUUGACCUGGCUAUGGGGAAAAUGAUGGAGCAGGGACCAGUAUUAAUCAUCACUUUUCAGGCUCAGGUCGUGAUGGUAAUUAAGAACCAGAAAGGGGAAGUGGUGGAAGGCGAUCCGGACAAGGUUCUGCGGAUGCUGUACGUGUGGGCACUCUGCAGAGACCAGGAUGAACUCAACCCGUAUGCUGCAUGGAGGUUAUUGGACAUUUCCUCAUCGAGCACUGAGCAGGUUCUCUGAGAAGAAUUGCAUCCAAGGGCUUCCUGUACCUCCCUUGAAGCAACAACAUCUCUGAACUUGCACCCAUCUGCUGUCUGAUGGACUGUGGGGGAAAGAGGCCAGACUGGUUCCUUUUCAGAAGAACAGGCUAUUCGGUGUGCACUCGUUAUACCAAUCCCUAUAAUGAACUGGACAAGUCUGACAUAUCUGCCUUACAUUUUGCUGUGUAGCAUUGCACUGUAAGGAUGUACGGUAGAUUUCAACGUGAAUGGUCUAAGACACUAGCAGCUGCUGUUGGCUCCUUUUUUAAUUGUGGCUGAAGGAGGCUGAUUUUGGGUCCUGUAUGUUUCCCAGUGCUUCCAGUGAUGGACAGAGGUGGGUAUCGGAGAGUGAGAUGUGAUGGGUCUAGUUCCCAUCUACUGUCAUCCUCUGGUGGCCUCAAAGCAUCCCUGAAAAGAUCUUAGAGGUGCUUUUAAGGCACGUCGGUCUUAGCUAACCUACAUGUCUUGUACAAAGUUGCACCAAUAAGCCUUCUGUUGCUGCAGUGUCUUGCACUUUACCAAACCAAAUACAAUCAGGACUUUGCACAUGACUCUUUGUUGGCAUGGAGCGGAGUCAGGAUGGAGGUGUUGGCAUCAUCAGGCAGGUUCUCAAGGCCAGUUGCAGGGGUGGAGUUUGCUGCCAGUGAUAAUAUUGAUAUAUCCACAGCUUUGCAGGGGGAACAUUAUUGUUUCUGGUGUUCUGUUCUUUGUGUCAGCUGGUACCACUAAAGAGCGCACAACUGCAUUCCUCUGUUGGGUUCGUCUGAUGGUGUGGAGGAGACAGGCUGUGACUGGCUAUGAGGAAGCAGGCAGAGUGCUACAACAGCGGUCAGGAGUAGGGAUGGAAAGACGAGCAACCAAUGAGUAAAUAAACAGGUAGAACAUCACCUCUUGUAGCUCAGGUAUUUAUUAUGUGAGAUGAGAAAAGAGGGUGCAGUUCACACACCUACUGUGUAAAGUGCAUGGCUUUCUCCACCAGACGGACAUGUGCUACAGGGGGAUGGCACACCUGGCCUGGGGGUCCCAGGUAGCAACUGGAAGACUUCAGAGGGUGAGCUGCUGGCACGCUGACACGGACUCUUAGGUUUUGGGCUUCUGCUAGAGGCUCAGUUUGGGAGCUGUGACGUGGGUCGAUUUGUCAGCUGCCUCCUCUUAAUGGAAAGUGAGGUUGGGGGAAAAAAUAUUGAUUGUGGAAUAGGAAAUCAAAGGACUGAUCUCUUGCUGCGUUCUGCCUGUCUGCAAAACAGGGUGAUGCAGGACAGCACUUCCGUGACGUUAUGAUUAAAGAGACUAUUGCCAGUU